ACUUCCACGUUACCCACGAAUGUAGGUACGUCCUCCGUGGCCGCAGGCCUGGACUCCUGUCUCGAGUUGGACCGCUCUGGUCUCCUGGCUCCAGACGUGCCUGUGCGCUCACCUAGGUCUGGAGGGGAGCAGAGAGAGGGGCGCCUGGAAACUGAAUGGUCGCUGGAAGUGACGUCUCUGCAGUUACAGAGGGAGCCCGCUCAACUUUGAUCUUCCAAAACUUGCUUCCUGGGCUAUGGGAGAUGUCAGCGAAUUAAAAAUGCAAAUAACACCAGAAACUCCAGGAAAGAUCCCUGUUUUAAAUCCCUUUGAAAGUCCUAGUGAUUAUUCUAAUCUCCAUGAACAAACCCUUGCUAGUCCUUCUGUCUUUAAGUCCACAAAACUACCAACUCCAGGGAAAUUUAGGUGGUCUAUUGAUCAGCUGGCUGUAAUAAAUCCUAUAGAAAUAGACCCAGAGGAGAUUCAUCGCCAGGCUUCCUACCUAAGUCUUUCUCGAAUAGAUAAAGAUGUGGAAGACAAAAGACAAAAAGCCAUUGAAGAGUUUUUUACUAAAGAUGUCAUUGUGCCCUCUCCCUGGACUGAUCAUGAUGGGAAACAGCCUUCAGAGCUUCAUCCCAGUAAAUGCCUAAAUAGUAAUAGUGUCUCUCCUGUUGGGAAAAAGCCGAGUCUUCCUUCUCAGAAAUGCAAUGCUGCCUGUCAGACUCUGCUGUCUCUUCCUGUGGAUUUUAAUUUGGAAGCCAUAUUAGGAGACUAUUUUAGAGCAGAUGACUUUGUGGACCAAUCUCCUGGGAACCUCAGUUCUUCAUCUCUCAGAAGAAAGCUCUUCUUAGAUGUGAAUGGGAGCAUCUCUGACUCCUUGCCUUCAGCUUCUCCCAGAAGUCCUCCCAGCACUGCCCGAGGAUCUCUUGAGGGACAGUUUUCUUCCAGCCCCAUUCAGAACAGUGCAAAAAAAUACAGUUUGGGGAGCAUCACUGCCAGCCCAUCGGUGGUUUCUUCACCUACUUUCUCACCAAUUGCACUGCAAGUAGGAAAGACACCGCUCUCAGAACACAGGAAGUUUACAUUUCACUCUCCUGAAGCAAAUUCGACUGGGAUUGCUAAUCCGAGCAUCAGGAGUCCGUAUAUAGAUGGCUGCUCACCAAUUAAAAACUGGUCUCCUCGGAGACUCAGAGGUGGUCCUCAGUAUUUGUCCUCUCUGAUUCGGGUACCUUUUACUCUUGAGGCUCCCAGUGAAGAUGAAGAAGACGUUUCUUCCACAGAUGUCGCUGCACUAGGCACAGAUGCUGUGCCAGCUCCCCUUCAGCAGUUGAACUGUGAGACUCUGGCUUGUGGGGAGCCUUCAGUUGUCACUGCCAUGUCCAUUACACAGAGUCAGUCUAGUACUUCUGAGAAAGAGCGAGCGUCGCUGGAGGAUGUGGAAAGUGAGAGGGAAAACGACACUGUGGAUAUGGUCGAUCCAAUCGACACAGGAGGUGAAAGCAUGUGGAUAAAAGAGCCAGUGGAUAAUGGCCAUUCCCCCAUGACUGAUUUUGCGAGUGGCAUUGCCUUCAGUAUUGAAAACUCUCAUAUGUGCAUGUCGCCUCUUGCAGAAAGCAGUGUUCUGCCCUGUGAAAGCAGUACUAUCCAGAUGGACAGUGGCUAUAACACACAGACUUGUGGAAGUAAUAUCACUGAUACUGUUGGGACAGAAAGCUACUGCAAAGAGAAUGUCACACAGUCCUUUGAAGUAGAAAUGAAAUCUCAAGUUAAUAACAUAACGCAAAAUCAUACAGUGCAGAGGUGCUGGAUGAAAACUACAAGUGUAUCUCAGUGUAGCAGCCCGUAGAGUCUCAAGACCCAAGACUGCCG